GACGGCGGCGGCGGCAGCGACGAGUUCUCCUCGUUCCUGAACCGAUCUCUCCGGGUCCCCCAGCUGAUCUUGCCCGAUAAGGUCCUCCAUCGAGAGACCGCGGCCCCGUGGGCCCCACCGGAGGUCGAUCUAGGGUUUCUAGAUGACGGGGCCUUGAUCUCGGCGGCGAGAUCGGCUGGGUGCUUUCAGAUCGUGAAUCAUGGGAUUGAGAGGAGUUUGAUUGAGGAGGUUGGGGUUUUGGCGGGAAAAGGGUUCAGGCUACCGCUGGAAAAGAAGAGGGAGGUGAUCAGAACUGAGGAAGGAGUUUGGGGGUUUGAGGAGGCGGCGGAGGAGGAGGAGGAGGUUCUGUGGUGGAGUGAGGGGGGAAAUGAGGAUUUGGCGGGAAUUUGGAGUCAUGGGUAUGUGGAGUUCAGGGACAAAAUGCACCGCCUCUGUGGAGAAAUGGAGAAAAUAGCCAACAAAAUCACCGCGGUUUUGUUACAAAACAACGCAGAGGUCUCAGAGCCAGCAGCACUAUCAAUCGCCGGCGCCUCGGCCAUUUCUCUCCGCAAAAAUACUCAGAAAAGGGCUCGUGACGUGGGGACUAGAGAGGGUUUGCUGAAGCACGAGGUACUGCAGAUGCUGCUGAGAGACUCGGUUUGCUCCCACUCUUUGUGCCUUCGUGUUUGUCAAGGCGCUUCCAGGUUCUGCGUGUACUCCAAGAGUAAGAAAGGUUGCGUUUAUUUCCCCGUCAAAGACGAAGCUAUUAUUGUUACUUUUGGCGAGCAGAUCCAGAUAUCGAGUGGUGGGCUCUGCAAGCACGCGAUUGGGAAGCCGGUUUAUCAGGAUGAAGGUAGAGAUUCAUCAGUCUCCAUCGAAUUCUUUUACUCUCAUCCGCCCUCCUCUCGCGGCAGCAGUAGAAAUAUCGGAGGACCGAGGAUCGUAUCCCUUGCUGAGCAAAUAAUGAUAGCAGCGUGCCUCGCUUUUCUCUGUCACGUUAUGGUCUACAUAUUAUAUGGUACGUAGCUCCUGAAUCAUGAUUUUUUUUUUUUUUUUUUGCCCCUUCAUAUUAAAGGUGGAAGUUUUAGGUUGCUUCAUGGGUUGUGCUCUUUUCUUUUCUGGUGUCGGAAAGUUUUAGGAAUAGUUUUGUUCCCAUGUGUGGGGUCUUCAAUUUGUGAUGUAAAUGGAGCUCGAUGUAACGCUUAUGAUAUAUGCCGAACCUGUCGUUGUAUCAAAAAGAAGGGGGGAAAGCCUUCUUGAUAAUCUUGGAUAGAGUAGUUAGUAUCUGUGGUUGCCGGGAA